AUGUCCCCCGUAUUGAACAGUCCAAUCAAGCCGCUGAGAUCAAGGCUGGGGUGUAAAACGUGCAAAAUUCGAAAGGUCAAAUGCGGAGAGGAAAAGCCAAGCUGUGUCCGAUGCACCAGCACAGGCCGUAAGUGCGAGUACGAAGGCACAAUUUCCGGCACGUUCUCCUCUACGCCUUCCACAAUCUCGAUACAGGACUACCCGCUUUCAUUGUUACCAAAUACAGUGUGGCGAGAGCGCCGCGCAUUUGCCUACUACUUUCAGCAGGCCGCUCUGUCUAUCGGCGGUGGCCUGGAUGUUGAUUUCUGGCGCACUUUCGUCCCGCAAGUCUGUCGAAGUGAACCGGGCGUAUGGGAUGCCAUCAUCGCAAUCGGUGACCUGUUUGAGAGUCCCAGGAGGGAUUCUUCGUCUCCUAAUCAAAAGCACCGAGACGCAUUGAGCUGGUAUUCACGGUCGGUGUCUGCUAUCCGUCAGCGGAUUGAGCGUGGUAGCAUAGAUACUUUUGUCGGACUAAUAACCUGUAUCCUCUUUAUCAGCAUUGAAGCCAUUCAGGGAAAUGAGCAGGAGGCCUUGCAACUGUAUGGUCAGGGUGUGCAUCUCAUACGCACGUUGCGCGCUCAAAUAGCUUGUGGGAUUGUGUCAGCAACCAAGGCUUCCUUCUUGGAGGAUGCAAUCGUCCCAAUAUUUGUGCGUCUAGGAGCAAUUGCUCUCACCAUUGCUAAUCUUCCAGUGAGUGGCCUACUGCUCGACAAUGAUUCCGUGUUGGUGCAAGAAUUUGUCUCUCUCAAGCCAGCUCGGGAGACCAUUGCUCGCUUAAGUACUGAGAUCCAGCUUCUUGAACGCACUUGCAUAGAGCAUCGACACGAGUCUCGUUCCUCUCAUAUCCACCCAGAAUUGAUGGACCGGCAAAUAGUCCUGUCUGCUAAGUUAAAGGACUGGCAUACUGCCUUUACUAUUCUCAUAGAACGCCUGCAGACGAAGGGCGUUGUAUCACCGCAACAGGUUGGCACUGGUGCUCUUCUUUUAGCUUACUAUGAAAUGUCAUUCGUGAUACUCGCAACCUGCGUAUCAUCAUCACACAUGAUAUACGACGCUUAUAUACCAAACUUCCAGAAUAUAGUUGAACAGUCUAGUAUCGCAAUCAAUGCUUUAGCACAAUCGGACGGCACACAACCGCCGUUCACAUUUGAAAUUAACGCCGGCUUUCCGCUUUGGUUUACCUGCCUCAGGUGCCGCGAACCCAUGAUCCGACGCAUGGCACUAGCUUUAUUUCGUCGAGGGCCUCAGGUGCAGGGUUUCUACAACUCCGCCGGAGCAGCAGCCCUUGGUGAAAGUGUCAUGAUGCUAGAAGAAGCGUUCGCAAUCAGAGCAAUUCAAGGCAAACCCGAGUCUCUCCCACUGGACUCAACCGGUCCAGAAACGGAACAUGAUGCCUAUAGCCCAGGUCAUAGUAGCGAGGUUUCCAGCGAGGUUUCCAGCUGUCAUCCUGUCCUUCAAGGCUCUAGACUUGCGGUACACUCAUAUCUGGAGCCGGCAGACCGGGCAGCCACAGCUCCGACCACACUAUUCGUCCCGGAAGAGGCACGCCUUGGGCCCAUUGGUAUUUUUCGUUCACAAGACGGAUUUCCGCCGGGGACGAAGGACGAAGAUGUCGCGAAGUGGAACGAAAGGCGCGAUCAGACCUUUUUGCGAUUCUCACGGAACAAGCAUGACCAAGUCAGCAAUACUUGGCAUAUUGUUCAUGAAUUUGUUCCUAUAGAUACUUAA